AUGGUGAAAGGGACACUCAAACUUAAAGAAAUCGACCAAAGCAUUGAAAAAUUAGAAGGAGGGAAAAAGAAAGGAAAGCAAAGAAAAAUAAAAACAUUAAAAAGUAAUUUAUAGCUAGAAAAAGCAAUUGAUAAGGCAUUGAAGAAAGAAAAGAAAUCAAAAAAGAAAGGAGGAUCUUUCUCAAAAUUAUCAACCUUAGGAGAUGCUCUAAUGGAAAUUGAAACAAAAAAUCAAGAAGAUUUGCAUCAAAGCCAUUUAUCGAAAAAAGAAUCACAGAUAAUCCAGUAAACAAUAUUCAGAAAUCGAGACACACAAAGAGUCCAAGCUAUUUUGGAUCAUCCAUUAUUUAAAGCGAACCCUCUUCAGGCAAUCCAGCAGCAUUUGCAAAGCCAAUUUAAUAAAAAUUAA